CAAGUUUCUUUACAUGCCUUUUAGAUGGAUACUCAAAGACCUCUCCACGUAGUAACUCCUACCAUUCACAGCACUCCGUUGUCAAAAUGUGUUGGGUUUCCAGUUUAUCUCAAACUAGAGAAUCUCCAAGUUCCAGGAAGUUUCAAGAUCAGGGGAAUAGGCAAUCUUUGUCAGAAGGCAGCACAGAAGGGAUGCAAAAGAGUUGUUUGUGCCUCAGGGGGAAAUGGGGGUCUGGCAGCAGCCUAUGCCGCUAGACUCCUUAAACUUCCUGCUACCAUUGUUCUUCCUACAACUACUCCUGCAUUUGUGGCAGAAAAACUCAGAGACCAGGAUGCAACCGUUGAGAUCCAUGGUAGUGUUUGGGAUGAAGCUAAUCAGUUUGCUCUUAAAAUUGCACAAGAUCCAGAUUGUUUGUAUGUCCAUCCUUUUGAUCACCCAGAUGUUUGGGAGGGACAUGAGUCACUGGUUGUAGAGGCCAAAGAACAGCUGCCGUCCCCUCCUGAUGUAGUGGUGGCCUCAGUCGGAGGUGGGGGCUUACUGUGUGGAGUCAUACAGGGUAUGGAGAAGGUAGGCUGGGGUCACAUCCCAGUGGUUUCUAUGGAGACUGUAGGGGCAGAUUGUCUGAAUGUGUCCUUGAGAGAGGACAAGAUCACCACCAUUCCAGCCAUCACAAGUGUUGCCAAAUGCCUUGGUGCUCUCACACCUUGUACUCAGAUAUUUGAUCUGUGUAAAAAAUACUCAGUGAUAUCCCAGCUCUGUACAGACAAACAGGCUAUAGAUGCAUGUCUGAAGUAUGCCGUUAGUGGAGCCUGCUUGUGGUGCAAGUUUAGCAGCUGUGUACAGUGGCAUACUGAAGGACCUUCAAACUCGGGGAAAACUGGGUCAAGUUAAAUCUGCUUUGAUUGUUGUUUGUGGUGGAAGUGGAGUUACACUUGAUGCCCUAAAUAAGUGGAAAAUGGAAUUUGAACUCUGAUUAUUUAAAAUUGGGUCCAUUUAGUAUUAGAACAUAUAUACAAGUCUUGCCUCAAAUCCUGUGAUAUUCCAGUUUUGUUUUUAAGUGAGGGUUUUAUCAUUUAUUUUCUGAGGGCAGCUUGCUGUUAUUGUUGUUUAUUUUUUUAGUGGUGAUUUUUUAUGUUUAAUGUGUGGGUUUGAAAUGUGAUUGAUCUCUGUAUUCCAAUUUGGGAAUCAUUUUUAAACAUGUUUAUUUUUGAAUAAACUGUAUAAAGAAUGGAAAC